AUAUUCUUUAAUUUGUGUCCCAAAGAGCAUAAAGAACCCACCCAAAAGAUAAGAAGUCUAGACAGAAAGUAGCAUUCAUCAUCAAAACAGAUUGAAAGUAAAUUCUCUCUGGUUUUUUCUUUAUUCUUUAAACCUUUACCUCUUUUAUCUUCUCUUGAUCACCAAAAACAGCCCCCUUGGCGAUUGUCUUCAUCUUUGGAAGAUCAAAUCGACAAGAAGGAUGGAAAUGAAGUCAUUUAAGAAAUUCUGCCUUCUACCUCCCCUACUUCUUACACUCCAUUUCUUCACUACUUCCACAGCAAAACCAACUCAGCCAAGUUUUUGUGGUAAUAUUAGAAUUCAAACAGCUUCCUCUCUUCAAAAUUCAAUGGAAUCAUCCAUGUUAAACCGUAUGACUGUCUGCAAAUCUCAGAAGUUAUACUUUAGAACCACUCUUGGUCUUUUUCCAAUCUCUUCCAUUGACUACACAAGUAAAAUACUAACUAUAUCCCAUCCAGCUUCUUGCUCUUCUUCACUCCAAUUCGUCUCUCCUUCACUUCUCUCAGCUGGUUUCCCCACUCCAACACCCAACUCACUUCUUCUCUUCAACUGCUCCGACCAAAGACACCCAAUAUCACUGUUUAUCCGUAACUGCACUAAGCGCUUUCAUGGUUGCAGAGUUUCUUCUCAAGUUCAUGAAAAAGAACUUGGACUAGCUUCUUCAUGUUUACUCAUCGAUGAUCUUGAAAAAUUAAACAUGGGUUUUGAGCCAAAAGAGUUGAAUUGCUCUCACUACAGUAGAGUCUAUAGAGAUUCUUCUGGUGAUGAUAAUGGUGAUGGAGGAUUUGAGUUGGGGACAAGGAUAUCUUUUGAAGUUCCUGGCCAUGUCCCAGAUAUCUGUAAAGAGUGUGAAAAGUCGAAUGGCAAUUGUGGGGUUGGUUUGAGGUGCAUUUGCCACCCAAAAGAGUGUAAAGAUAAGGUCCUCUCAAUGGGUGGAUCCAAGAGCCCUUUAGGUACUAUCCUCUUCUCUUUGAUUUCCUUUACCAUGAUGCUUUCCCUCAUUGUCUCUUGAUGAAAAGAAAGGGAUUAGAACCAGUGGAAAAAGGCAUUUUCCUUUACCCUCGUUUCUUCUUUCAUGGUUGUUGCACCAAACAUUCAAGGGAACUUUUAGCUGGGUUGCUUGCUCCUACAUCUCUCAUCAUCUAUUCAUUGCUGUUUAAAAUCUACCUUGAGUUUGUAUUUUGUGGAGAUAGCUACUAUUUUGGAACCUAAUUGAGCUUCUUUC